GUACUUCACAAUUUGUACGCCCUUCCAAAUGAAAGGAAAAAAAAAAAAUAUUGCGACUACAUUUUUUUAUAAAAAUAAAUAUGCUCUUCGGAAUUUUCCUAACCCACUUCGUUAAUUUGAAAAGUUUGUCGUUCCUUCCCUGUUCACGCGCGCUGAAAAAAAACGCUCUUUUUUUUUCCCCCACCCUCUCCACCAUAAAACGGCCUUUAUCGCGUAGCAGCAUUAUAAUUUUACAUUAACGUGAAAAGAAAUUUCUUCCGUUUUCACAAUUUAUGCUAAGGUAUUAGCGAAUGUUUAUAUAUUUACAUACGUAUGUACAUUUUACUUUCGUCCUGUUCGCAAUAACUAACCCGAACGUUUCUCCUGCGCAAAUCUGGGUAAAACAUCCCCUUGAGGAGAAGGAAGAAUAAUCGUGACCUUACUUCUCUUCGCAAGUUAAGGGGAAAAAAAAAAAGGAACGAUCAAUAAUGAGGUGGAUUUAAUUCUACUAGUAGAGUUUCCACCCGCAGUCUUCAUCUUAGUCUCACUAAUCAUUAACAAGAAAGAAUCGCAAAAAUGUCUGUCCCAACCUUAUCGAAUAAACCAGAGAACAUAGAUCUGCUUGUACUGGCGCCCGGAGAAAAAAAAGUCAGUUGCGAAAUAUCGGAGAAAGGCGAUUGCAAUAUAUUUACCAUAAAACUGGAGGACCACACCAUAGGGAAUUUGAUAAAGCAGGCACUUUGCCAAGACCCCAAGGUCACGUUCGCAGCAUAUAGACAACCCCAUCCUCUGCAAAACACAAUCGAAAUAACCAUCAAACCGAAGGGUUAUGCAGGGGUUAAGUUGCUUUCAGAUAAUGUGAACAGUUUGCUGUCCGAUGUGUCACAGCUGAGGGAAACGUUUAAGAAAAAGGUCCAACGGUACAAGGACAAGAGUGUGUAUUAUGCAAACGAGUGA